GGACCACACUCAGCUUCAAUUAGCUGAGGUCGUGGAACCAUGACGACCUCGCUGUUGAGUCACGGGGCACCAGUGUCAUUUACAUCGUCGAGACGGAGCCAGAAGUGUGGUGGAAUUGGCAAGAUCUUGGGAGGCUCUCCAAGCAGAUUGCAGUGUUCAGUCGUGAGUUGUGGCUCGUUAGGCUUAAACGUGAGAGUUGUAUUGAAGGGUGAGCAGUCACGAACGCGCAGUUCGCGAUUGACUUCACACAACUAUCUUUUGUCUUCCAAGAGGACGCUCCUGCAAGAUUGGUGGCGAAGAGCAGUUGGUGGAAACACUUAUCAUGUAUGGUUGCGUAACUGUGUUCAUGGAACGCCUUUAUACGAAGAAAGCGUAGACACAGAUGUGUCGUGUCAUGCUCAAGUUAACCCUGAGGCCUGGAGCAUCGAUGACGAGUCUCUUCCUCCUCAUGAAUUGUCGACUCUUUCACGACCAGAUAGUGAAAGAAGCGGCCGUGUGGCUUCUGCGAUUGGGCUUAUCAUGGGCACUGCUGUUGGUCCUGGUAUUCUUGGACUUCCUGCUGCCACGCUUCGCGCUGGUUUAAUUCCUUCAAGUGUAACGAUUGUUGCUGUGUGGGCGUAUGUCAUGGCUUCUAUAUUGUUGGUAGCAGAACUGAGUUAUGCAGUGAUGGCAGAGCAAGGAGGAGUGGAAGUGAGCUUUACUGGCCUGGCAGUGCGCACCCUCGGCCACUCAGCAGGGCGCGUUGUUGCCCUCGUGUACGCUCUCCUCAAUUAUGCCCUCUUGGUGGCCUGCGUGGCAGGGCUUCAUUCGAUUCUAACACAUUGGCUACCUUUACCUUCUUCUCUCGUUUGCAUGCUGAGCCCUGGGGUAGUCAUUUCCAUGUUGGCUGUCACCUCUCUCCAAACAGUGGAUGUCCUCAACCGAGCUCUGUGCGGGCUCAUGCUUGCAUCUAUCACUUGUCUUGUAGGCAUUGGUAUCUCAGUCAGUAGAAACAUCUGGCUUGGAUCUACAGGCUUUGGAACCCUUUCUUUGAGUGCACUACAUCCUGCAAUUCCUGUGAUUGUUCUCACAUUAGGGUUCCAUGUCAUCAUACCUGUGGUUUGUCGGGUGUUGGGAGGAAAUCCUCAGGAAGCUCGCAAAGCUAUACUCUGUGGGGGAACUGUGCCUUUGUUGAUGGUCUUGUCUUGGAACACCGUCAUUUUAGGCCUAGCCCAAGCACCGGCCGGAGCUUCUAUGGCCUCCUUUGAUGCUAUCAAACUCCUCCUUUCUUUGAGCAGCAGUGCAGCUCCAGUGGUGCAGGCUUUUGCAUUUUCUGCGCUUGGUACAACGCUUAUAGGCUAUGCCUUGAGCUUUCCAAAGCAGCUGCUCGACACUGUAAGCUUGUUUUUUAUUCCUUCACAGGGAGUGGAGAGAGAGAAAGCACAGGAACCAGACCGGUCAAGAAGAAUGGCAGCACUGUUGCUGGCUAUGGUUCCUCCUGUGAUAAUGGCCAUGACUUCGCCAACAGCAUUUGCCUCAGCGCUUGAUUUCGCUGGCGUCUAUGCCAAUUGUUACCUAUUUGGUGUGCUGCCCCCAAUUAUGGCCUGGGUGUACCGCUACCAGCAACCGCAAGCUGAUCAGGUCCUUCAUACUAGGCUUGUACCUGGUGGAAGAAUAUUAUUAGUUGUUCUGCUUGUCAUUGCGCUUUGCCUUGGCUUGAAACCUCCCAAUAGUAGAAUGUAAAUGGAUUCUAGCUGCAGUCGUUGUAGGUUUUGAAUUGAAGCUGUUAAUGGGGUUGUUGAUGUGAAGGAGCUGAGUAAUCGGUAUUCGGAGGACUUCCACAGUUCAGAGGGUUCAUACUAAAAGUGGAUAACACGAGCAACGGUUGUGUCUUGAAGUUCUGUACAUUCGCAUUCUUUUCAGGCUAUUAGUUUUCAGUUUGCACUCUUUUCAGAGAGCCUUGGUUUAUACUUUUGUUAUAAUUUUUUCAUUGCAUGUAAUGGCUGUGGUCGUUUGAAUAGAUUUUCUUCCAUUA